AUGUGGGGGGUGCCCACCGACAGGCUGGUCGACGGGGGACAUUCGUCCAGGCAAGGGCGCCUCGGCGCCCUCUCUGGCCGACGCCAGAGUGAGCUUCCCCCUCCCCGCGCAUGCCGUUUUCGUUCACUUGGCCUUGCGUGCCUCGAUGGGCAUCUCCUUCUGGAUGGCGGCCUCGAUCUGGUUGACGUAGUCGAUGGCGGCCUGGGUGGAGGUCGGGUGCUGCACCAUGAUCUCGCACACCCAAGUGGGCAUGCCAUCCUCCACGCAGGUGACCUUGGCCCCCGCCUCCACCAGCGGCCGCACGUACAGCACGUCCUUCAUUACGUCGUACUUGUCCAGGAAGCUGACGUCGGCGAGCACGCCCGAGCGCUGCGCGUUCACCGAGAACUCGGCGAGGUGGGUGAGGGGCGCGGGCGCGACGGGGGGCCGGGAAGGGAUGCCCGCGGCCAGCAGCAGCUGCUCCUCCACCAGGUCCACGCCCCAGACCAGGAGGUUCAUGUUCCGCACGGGGCCCCCGCCCAUGCGGCAGUUGACCUCGAUCAGGCGCGGGCCGCGCGAGGUGUACUUGCACUCCACGUGGAACACGCCCAUGUCGAAGCCCAGGGCCUUGACCGAUGCCACGCCCAGCUCCAGCAGCUCGCGCUGCUGCGCGCUGGGCAGGAUGGAGGGCGAGUUGGACCCGGUCUCGUUGAAGUACGGCUCCAGCGUGGGCCAGUUGUCGGUGACCGCGCCGUACACGGCCUGCCCCUCGCUGAACACCACGUCCACGUCCACCUCCGGGCCGUCCAGGUACUCCUCCAUCAUCAGCGUGGUGGUGAAGUUGCCCUCCCCCUCGUCGUCCGACGCCAUCUGCUCCACGAUCCCCGAGUGCACGCGCACGGAGCCCAUCUCGCGCCGCACGCGCGCGUAGGCGCGCAGGAGCGCCUCGUGGUCGUCCACGCGCACAACGCCGAGCGAGGCCGCGCCGUGGAUGGGCUUGAUGACCGCAGGGUAGCCCACCAGCUGGGAAGCGGCGUCCAGCUCGUCCUCGCGCGUGAUCAGGAAGUUGCGCGGCGUCGGCAGCCCCGCCUCGGACAUGCAGCGGCGGGUGGCGUGCUUGUCGCGUGCGGAGUCCACCGCUGCGCUGGAGUUGCCGGGCAGGCCCAGCUUCUCGAUCAGCCGCGCCACCAGCGGCUGGGCCAUCUCCGAGAAGGACACCACGCCGUCCAGCUCGCCAAAAUCCUUUUGAGGAGGAGGGGGGAAGGGGGGGGAGGAUGGUGA